AUGCCCGCCAAAAAAGGCACCUUCCAGCUCCCCCAGCUCACCCCCGUAUCCUUCUCCCUCACAGACGGUACCAACAUCCCACCUCCUCCCGAUUCACCCAUCGAAGAGAAGCCACCUCCACCUGUACCGACGAAGCAGACGGCUCCCGAACCUCAGACGCAGACGCAGACGCAGACGCAAACACAAACGCAGAAUGGUGCGAAUGGUGGUGGAGAAUACGUAGGACGCGGUCGUACAAAUGGAAAUGCCAAUAGCUCAGACGUUCCUCCCCUGAGUCCCGCCUCGGCGCGGCGCCCAAGCAGUAUCCGCAAGUUCCUGUCGCGCAAGUCGCUCAACGCGCAUUACACCAACGGCAACACCUCGCGGGACGAUCUGACGAGUAUGGGGCGGCCGGAUAGCCCGGCGAGCUUCAUGACCAAUGCUACUGCUUCAGGUAGUGGGAAGAAGGGCAGCUGGUUCAAGAGAUUAGGUGGUGGUGGUGGAAAUCGUACGAGUGUUGUGUAUGAGACGCCGCCGCCGAGAGUGGAAAGUGUAGUGCCGGAGAAGAAGAAGAUGGGGCCUCCACCACCGAAGUUACCUGAGCUGAGCAAGUUGAAGGCGAAGAUACCGGAAGAUGAUGAGGGCAGUCUUGGGGCGGACGAGAUGUUUAAGAAUAUCAAGUAG